AUGUACCAUACCAAUGCUGUUACUUUCGAAUGCCGUUCUAGCGCUGGUCAAUUUGGGUCCGUACUCCCUGCAUGUGAGUUUUUCUUCGAUAACGCAUGGGCAAACCCCGACGUAUCGGCAUUGUGGGAUACGGUCAUCUUGGAGAAGCUGGAGUUGGCCUUUGUAUGGAAUAGGUCCUCUGAUAAGGUCGAAGCUGCUGUACGUGAUGGGAGACUCUCAGCUGAGUGUGCAUUGGCAAAUCUCGGUGACUUCGCUGAACGAAAGGCAGACUUGAUCGCUGAAGUUUGUCAUCCGGAUGUCGCCAAGGAAUGGUGCUGUACUUUUCUCUCAUCAGCUGACGU